CUGCCUUCCUAUGGCAUAGCAGGUCAGUUCGGGUGAAUUACGUAGUUCAACUGGUCAACCCAGUGAUUUCAACCAUGGCACUCAUAGAGUCAGCUGUCCAUGUGUUGAAUGAAUAUUGCUUAGAGCACAUAGUUGGCUUUCUCAACAUUGGUGACCGUCUAAAUCUCGGAAAAGCGUAUCCUGAGCUAAAACCAACGAUUAAACGUGUAACUGGGAAAGAAAUGUUCUAUUUUAAUGACAUCUACAAGAGCUAUCCUUACUGGAAAGUCAGUGAAAUUUUUAGUGAAUAUGGCUCUGCGAUACGAAGGAUGACAAUGCAUUUUGACGAGGUUCAGGAAAUAGCGGAACUUUCCUACCUUAUCCCGAGAAAUUUUAAGAACAUUAACGAAAUCUAUUUGAAUUUCUCUGGAUAUGUGGAUCAUAAAAUAUUAGAGGUAAUAAUUGAAUCCUCAAGGAACAUAAAAAUAUUUCGCUGCAACAGUCGUCAAUUACAAAAUAAGCAUUGUUUUCUCAUCAUUGAGCUUAAGCAAAUGGAACACCUUGACAUAGAGGGACAUCCAAACAUUACUGGAAUUCAUCUAGACAAAUUAAGAAGGCUAAAAUUCCUGGACCUUCGAGGAUGCGAUAAAAUCAAGUCAGAGUACUUCAUUAAAAUUUUACGAGCAACAAAACUGACGCGGCUCAACAUAGUGGAAUGCAACGACCUAAAUGACAAAGCCUUUAAGACCCUGGUCGAUACUCAAUCCAAUUUGAGGGAUCUCGCAGUGAAUCAUUGCUACGAAAAGGGUAAUGUAGAAAUUGUGUCUUUCCUGCCCAACCUGAGAUACGUUCAUAUCAAUUGGCAAAGCGAUUUGCUCUAUAAGAGGACGGAGCUACUUAAUAAUUUAGGCAAAUUUCGCCAAGAUUCCCUCAGAAUAUUACAGAUCUGCAAUCCAAAAUACUUCAUCCAACCCGAGCGAGUUGGUAUUUUGAAUCUGAGGUACCUCACGAGAGUGGGUUUUUAUCAAGAUGAUGAUCUAUCUGACAGAUUCCUGUCACAGGUUUGUGCAAAUUGUCCUAAAUUGCAAUAUGUUACCAUUUGGGAUUGUAGGAUUAUCACAAGUCAAGGAAUCAUUGAACUUGUGAAAAAUUUGAAGCGGCUCCGAAACCUAGAUUUGAGACAUUGUAGACAAUUUGACAACGGGUUGUAUAUGAAUAUUAUUGACGCUAGAAUCACACUUGAGAAGCCAGAACGUUUGCUAUUAUAUGUCUGGGGCACUUCAAUGCAAGAAGAAUAUUUCACACGGUCUGAAGAAUAUUCGCGUUUGAGGAAAUUCGUAGAAUUGUCGUUUGUUCGCGAAGAGUAAUAAAGUAAUUAAACUUUACCUAAA